GCAGUCAGUGAAUAAGUGUGUUUGUGGUUGUGCCUUGUGUGCUACAGAGCAGUGAGUAGAGCUUGAUGGCAUAUAAUCCCUUUAUACUGGCGAGUUCGACCCCCAUUAGACAAGACUUUAGUGUUAGUUCCCUACUUGCUGCUACUUCUCAACAGAAUGCUCACUACUUUAACCUACCUCAGCACUUGUCUGUUGCUGCUGCUGCUGCUGCCUGCUUGCCCAAAUUACAACCAUUCAGUUCUUCUCCCAAUGGUGAAAUCCUUCCGCAAUCCAACAAUUUACAAGCUGCCUCUCAAUUAACAACAGCGGACUCUACACCUUCUACGGAAACGGAUGUCCAAGAUGACCCUAAAGUUGAUUUGGAAGCAAAAGAUUUAUGGGACAGAUUUCAUGAUCUGGGUACUGAAAUGGUUAUUACAAAAUCUGGAAGGAGAAUGUUCCCUCCAUUUCGAGUAAAAGUCUCAGGCCUUGACAAACGAGCUAAAUACAUUUUGCUGAUGGAUAUUGUUGCUGUUGACGACUGCAGAUAUAAAUUUCAUAACUCUCGAUGGAUGGUUGCUGGUAAAGCUGACCCAGAAAUGCCCAAGCGGAUGUAUAUUCACCCAGACUCCCCGGCCACAGGAGAACAAUGGAUGCAGAAAUUGGUUUCCUUUCACAAGCUUAAACUCACGAAUAACAUAUCGGAUAAGCAUGGAUUCACUAUCCUGAAUUCUAUGCACAAAUAUCAACCGAGAUUUCAUCUUGUGCGGGCGAAUGAUAUUCUGAAAUUACCCUACGCCGCAUUUCGAACGUUUGUUUUUAAAGAGACCGAAUUCAUCGCUGUAACUGCUUAUCAGAACGAAAAGAUUACACAAUUGAAGAUUGAUCAUAACCCGUUUGCAAAAGGGUUUCGAGACAGUGGCGGAGGAAAGAGAGAAAAAAAGCGCCUUUUACACAAUCAAAAUCAGUCAUUGAAUUCUGUAGAAGAAACAGACGUCGAAAUUUGUGUUGAUGAUGAUGACGAGGAAGAUGAGAACAAUAUAGACGGGCCACCUUCACCAAAGCGCCAUCUAAUGGACAUUGAAGGAGAAUCUACAAGCAGGAACAACGAUAGCGAUACGUCUAUCACUGAGGAAGUAGAAAAGAGAAGAAAGAGUAAUUCUACUCCUCCAACUACAAACUCUCCUUCACCGUCCCUUACAGCAAAUCCACCUACAAAUACAAAAUGUGCUUCGACAAUCAGGCAGACAGCCUCACCGUCAACUACUAGCCCUUCAGCAGCCCCGAAUGUGACUGUGCUACCCCAUCAUACAACGCCUUUCAUGGCAGCACCUUACUUGUAUGGAUAUCCUUUAGGAUUUCGCCAUGCGGCAUUAGACUCCUUAUCAUAUUUCCCCCUUUGGCCUGGUGCCGCUGCUCAAAGUUCCAAUUUUUCACCAUAUUUCAACCCAUCCACCGACCCUCUUCAUCCAUUUAACCUUUUAUUGCCUAAAUCUCAAUUAACGUCACCAACGCCAUGUAGUACAUCUAAAGAAGAAAAUGUUCAAGAAAAAACUGAAAUACCUAAAGCUAUUGCUAGGUAACGAUGAACGUUAAUUGAUAUAUCAAUAACAUACAGUAUGUUUAUACAUCAUGUGUGUUAUUUUAUCUAUAUUGUAUAUAGAUAUUUAUAUAUACAAUCUAGCUAGUCAUCACGAUAAUAUUUAUAGAUAUAACGCGUGUGACAUUAACUUAGCUUACGUUUUCUGCAAAGGCGAACUGUUCAAAUAAGUAAUUGGUGCUUUCCUGUGUGGUUUGAGAAUAUUUAAAAUCUAUGCAAUGUCAACAGAUAUCUGAACGUCUGAUUGUAUUAUGCAUGUGUAAAAAUGCUCGUGUAUACUAUAUGUACAUACCAUACACAGAAUAAUUUAUACUAAAGCUUUCGCACAUUGAUAAUAUAUUGCUAUAUAUGCACUGAGUGAAUACUGUAUUCAUUAAACGAUACAACUAAAUUAUCUGGUUUAAAACAAAGAGAUUAUUAUCGUUCAUUUUGCGCCUGAUUUAAUAGAGAAUAUAAAUGGUAGUCCCUUUAUUUAACAUUUUUUUCAAAAAGUAAUCACAAAUGAAUCGGUCGAAUAUCAUUCUGAUUACUUCCGAUGUCCAUAAACUUGAAUAUCGUUAUUACCCCACAAGCCUUCCAAUUUACUCUUGAAGUGUUUUCUUCUCAUCUGAAACCUUUAAAUAGAAAAAAAAUUUUAAAUUAAUUUUUUAUUAUAUAAAUAACUCUAUGUACACAAUAAGAAAAUCGUUAGCAGAAUGUUGUUUAUUUUUAAAUAUAGACUUUUUU